AUGAAUAAUGAAACUACAAUUGAAUUUGCAAAAAAAGCUCGAGAAGCAGCAACUAAACUUCAAUAUGUCUCAAUUGAAGAAAAGAGUAUUGCGCUAAAUAAAAUUAAAGAAAAAAUAUUUGAACAUAAACAAGAAAUUUUCGAAUCUAAUGAACAUGACAAACUAAAUGCAGCAGAGCUUGUAAAGACUGGUGCACUUCCACAGUCAUUAGUUAAACGUUUAGAUAUAACAAGUGGAGAUAAGUUUAUUACUAUGUUACAAGGAGUAUCUGAUAUUGAUAAAUUGCCUGAUCCAACCGGACAAAUCACAUAUUCCAGUAAACUUGACGAAGGAUUAGAAUUGUAUCGAGUAACUUGUCCUGUUGGAGUUUUAUUGGUGAUAUUUGAAGCAAGACCCGAAGUUAUUGUUAAUAUUUCAGCAUUAUCAAUAAAAUCAGGCAAUGCUGUGAUAUUAAAAGGAGGAAAAGAAUCAAUUGCUACAUUAAAUGCGCUGUAUUCAUCAAUUAAAUUGGCUUUAUCAGAAACAGCAAUUCCACAAAGUGUCAUUCAACUCGUUGAAACGCGAGAAGAAAUUAAAGCACUAUUAGAUUUAGAUAGAUAUAUCGAUUUGGUGAUUCCACGUGGAAGUAACAGUUUAGUGAGAUAUAUACAAGAGAAUACAAGGAUUCCUGUUUUAGGACAUGCUGAUGGAUUAUGCACUGUGUAUGUUGAUAAAGAUUCAGACCUUAAGAAAGCAAUACGUGUUGUCAUUGAUUCCAAAAUAAAUUAUCCUGCAGCUUGUAAUGCAGCCGAAACUCUUUUGAUACACCGUGGAAUUCUUUCUACGCAUCUUCAACCUAUAAUAAAUGCGUUAUUGGAAGCUAAUGUUAAAUUACAUCUUGAUCAUGAACUAUUACCAUAUGUCUCACACAUCAACAACAACUCAUUGAUAGAAGUGAGUGUACCAGAGGAUUUUGACACUGAAUUUUUGAAUCUUGAAAUUGCCGUUAAAGUUGUAAAUGGAUUGGAAGAAGCAAUCCAACAUAUCAAUAUACAUGGUAGCAAACAUACUGAUUCAAUAGUCACAGAAAAUGAGACGGCAGCAAAAAAAUUCAUGCAAGGUGUUGAUUCGGCUGGUGUUUAUUGGAAUGCCAGUACAAGGUUUGCCGAUGGAUUUAGAUACGGGUUUGGCGCAGAAGUUGGAGUAAGCACAAACAAGACGCAUGCACGUGGACCAGUUGGACUUGAAGGUUUGGUAAUAUACAAGUAUAAAUUGUGUGGUAAUGGACAUAUUGUAGGAGAAUUUGGUGAAGGAAAAAAAGAAUAUUUACAUGAACCAAUAGAUACAAAGAAAUACAAUGUGGGCUCUAUGCUAACCAAAAGGUAG